UCACAUUCCUAGCUCCCUCCCAACUUGAAACUACCAUCACCGUGAUCACCGGCUUGAAAGCCUUGGCUGCAAAGUCUAGCUUUCUUACUCAACCAUGGCGUACAGAGUGCUGGAGGUCACCCUCCUGUCGGCCAAGGACCUGAAGAACGUGAACCUCAUCACGCGCAUGGAGGUGUACGCCGUUGCCACCAUCUCCGGCGACCCGAUCACGCGGCAGUGCACCCCGCCGGACCCCCACGGCGGACGCAACCCGACCUGGAACGCCACGCUCCGGUUCUCAGUGCCGCCCACCGUGGACGCAACCACGGGCGGCGGCUGCCUACACAUCCUCCUCCGUGUCCAGCGCAUGUUUGGCACCGACCGUGACGUCGGCGAGGUCAUCGUGCCCCUGGCUGAGAUCCUCGCCGGCGUCGGCGACCACGGCGGCGACGACCUCAGCGGCCCUACACUGCCGCAGUUCGCCUCGUACCAGAUCCACAAGGUGCACCGCACUGAGACGUGCGGCGAGCUUUACCUGACGUACCGUCUCGGCCCCGUCGUCGCGACGCAGCAGCAGGUACCCCUGUGGGUAAGGGGCGACGAGCUGCCUGUCGUGGCGUACCCGGUGCCGGAGAAACUGAUGCAGCCGCUGGCUCCCCCUCAGGCUUUCUGGCCCGGGCAGGUAGCCGCGCAUCCGCCUACGAAACCAGCGGGCUAUGUGGCUGUGCCGCUUUCGACAGCAAAACCGACCGGGCAUGUGCUCUCGCCGCCGCCAACAAAACCUGCCGGCUAUGUGGAUGUCCCGUCUUCGACUGUAAAACCACCCGGGCAUGUUGAUGUGGGAAUGCCGUCUCCUAAACAUCCGGGUUACGCGGCCGUGCCAUCGUCUCCGAAGCCAGUCGGACAUGCCGCCGUGCCACCGUCUCCAAAGCAAUCCGGUCAGGCGGUGUCCAUGCCGCCUUCGCUGAAACCAUCCGGGCAGGCGGUGUCCAUACCGCCUUCUCCAAAACAAGUCGAACGGGUGGCGUCCAUGCCGCCGCCUCAGACACCAACCAGGCAUGUGGUGUCCACGCCACCGUCUCCGAAACCAUCCGGGCAGGCGGUGUCCAUGCCGCCUUCUCCCAAACAAGUGAAACGGGUGGUUUCCAUGCCUCCGCCUCAGACACCCGCCAGGCCUGUGGUGUCCAUGCCACCAUCCCCACAACCAGCGGGGCAGGCGGUGUCGAUGCCGCCUUCUCCAAAACAAGUCGAACGGGCGGUCUCCAUUCCCCCGCCACAGACACCAGCGAGACCUGUGGUAUCCAUGCCGCCGUCAACAAAUCCAGUGGGGCGUGUGGUGUCCAUGCCUCCCCAAAAACCAGCAGGGCAACAUGUUUCCAUGCCGCCAUCCCCAAAACCAGCCGGACAUGUCACCGUGCCAUCUUCGACUUCACACCCAUCCGGUCAUGCAAUGCCGUCGUCUCCAAAACCAGCCGGUGGGCAUGUAUCUGUGCCGCCGUCUCCAGAGCCAACCACCGGACAUGUGUCAUUCCCGCCAUCUCCAGUGCUCUACAGCGGGCAUUUGUCCAUGCCACCGUCUCCAAAACCACCUGUCUAUGAGGCUGUGUCACCGCCUCCAAAAUCUAACGGGCUCGUAGCUGCCAACUUGCCGGCGACGGCAAAUAAUUCCAGCAACAUGGAGUUCGGGUGGGGGCUGGGCGCCGGGCUGGUCAGCGGCGCGAUCAGCGGGAUGCUGGCCGGCGGUAAGAGUAGAAAUGACCGUGUUUUCACCGGAAGUCGUUCCGUUCGGCCGUAGCCGUGGACUUUCUUGGUUGAAGGGGUCCGGAAGAGAUGUUUGCACGCUGAGUAAUGUAAUAAUAGCUAAGUAAGUAUGUACCACACUACCAGAGUUUCUGGAUAUGCGCGAGACGUACAAACGUGUACAAUGCAAGGACUGGAGGCAUUGUCUUUGUGUUGGUAUGCGAUUAUGCGCGAGUUUGUAGCUAGCUAGAUCAUGAAUGAAGAUCUGGGUACAUAUAUGUAUUCCUGGACUAAACUUGUACGCUGCUAAUGAAGUUUCAUAUAGGUGUCAACUGUAAA